GAGAAAACAAAGCAUUACUCAUCCUGUAUAUAUUUGCGAUCUGUUAAAGCCACAUCGCACAAGUCUGGUAUCAAACAAAUCAGUUCGGCAAUGAAUAUCCUACUAGUUGGUAGAACUGGUGAAGGCAAAAGUGCAACUGGCAACACAAUUAUAGGAGAACGAAAGUUUGUUUCCAAAUCCAGCAGCCAGUCAGUGACUAGAGACGUACAAAUGUGGAAAGGAACGUGUGAUCACCUAACUAUUACGGUAGUCGACACACAGGGAUACGCUGACACAGGCUGUGACCAGAAGAAGGGAAUCAGUGACAACUAUAAACGUCUGAAGUCUCAACUAGAAAACGCUCUACAUAAAUGUCCUGAAGGCUUUCACGCCAUUGUCUAUGUUGCUAAAAUUAACUCGAGAUCUACAAAGGAAUAUCUCGAAACGUUUCAAUGCAUAUCAAGCGUUUUGGGUCACGAAAAUUUCGAACAAUUUGGGAUUUUAUUGUUCACACACGGCAAUGAGUUGGUCAGAACGAAUACAGAUAUAGACGGUCAAUGUGACAUAAAACCAGUUUUACUUAAUUGGAUAAAGAAACAAUCUACUUUAGAAACAAUUUGUAACAAAGUUAAGGAGAGAGUUAUUCUUUUCGAAAAUAGUGUCAAAAAGCAAGGCCAUGCUUUUUCAAAUCAAAAGAGAGAUUUGAUACAAAUGAUUAAAAACAUCAAUUCUCUUUCUUCUCUUUAUACACGGAAGAACUUUCAGGAAGCUGCUAAAGAUCGAAGAUAUUUUGAGGUGGAAGAGAAAAAAAUGGAAACGGAACGCAUGGUGGAAGAAACGCGCCAAAAAAUACACAGCCAUUUAGAGCAGAUGAGAAACAAUGAUGAUACAAGUGCUGAAAAUGUUGAUAAAUUAAUUGCCGAGAUAAAUAAAAAAAUGGAAGUAGUCAAACGUGAGGAUCAAAACACUGGAAAACUUCAAGAUUGUAAAUCUAAGUUGGACUUACUUAGAACUGAAGCUGAACAGUUCCUGAAGCAUUUAAAGAGAACAAAACAUUACAGAGAUGAGCAAGAGAGAAUUAGAAAACAGCAGGAGCAGGAAAGACUCCAACAGCAGAUGGAGCACGAACAGUAUCAAAAAUUAAUAGAAAUGGAAAAAAAAAACAUUGAAAAAUUAAACCAACAGAAGCAUAAAGAAGUUCUAAAAGUUGAAAAUUGGAAUGAAGAAUGCAUAGAAGCAGUUAUAGGUGUAGUAGCUCCAGUAAUAGAUGUAGUUGUUUCUAUCGUACUAAUGGUCCUUUAAGUGAAAAUCAUUCACUUAUUUACUUAUUUAUACAUCUACUUAUCGACAAAUCUUCAUCAAAUUGCCUCCAAAAGAAAAGAGUGGAGUCGUCUCUUCUACUGCUAUGCUCCGUUGGCUAUUUCUCUACUAAAGUGACAGUACAGGGCUUAAUGCAAACAAACGGACUUAAACCUUCAAGAAAUAUGAAACAUAAUUCAGAAGUUGAAUGUUUUGUUGUUUUUAUUUUGUAAAGGACUUAUACGAAAUGAAGAUUUCAGCUAAAUUUGUUUAGACUAUGGGAAUUUAUUUUUCGAUUAUCUAUGUCAGUGCACUAUACUACCUCAGGCAUAAGAGAAAAAUGCAAUAGUCUAUUCUUAAUAGUACAAGUUAUCUAACAAUAAGUAUCCAUUGGAUAUUCCCCCGAUAUUUUUUUUAUGACAAGCAUUACAAUCUUGGCUCCGCUUUAUUGUAUUAUUAAAUUAUAAUUAUUAUUUUGUUAGAAACGAACAACUAUUCAUUCUCUGGAACUGCUAAGAUGGAGUUUCGUUAAAGAGAAACAAAAUUGACUGUAUAGUUCCUUUAUCAAACAAUAUGAAACUGUUCUGCAAUCCACAACUUCCAUCCUUCCUAGCAGAUAUAGCGUUAUGGUGGAGUACUUGGGUUGUAAACAUCGAAAUUAGAUAAUAAGAUGGUUUCUCUUCUUCUUGUUGGUAAAACUGGCUGUGGGAAAAGCGCUACUGGAAACUCUAUUUUAAAGAAGGAAAGGUUCCUAUCAUUGCUACAAACAGAAUCUGUCACUAAAAAUAUAGACCAUGAUUUUGUAAAAUUUCGUGGAAGAACUUUGCAAGUGGUCGACUGUCCAGGACUGUUAGAUACCAACUGCACAGAAAAAGAAGCAGCUGAUUUGGUUUCUAGGUCAAUACAACAGGCAGUUGCAAUAAAUCCGAAUGGAUAUGAUGCUGUUAUCUAUGUAUGUGAGUUGGGGCGCUUCAAAAAAGAGGACAUGGAAGUGAUAGGUCAGUUAAAAGCUUUUUUUGGUAAUGAUUUUUUCAAGAAGCAUUGCAUUAUCGCUGUAACCCAUGCAGACAUGUAUGAUGAAGAUGAAGAAGAUGGCGUGACUCUAAAACAGUGGGUGAAGGAACAGGAAGGUGCAUUUGCUGAAGCAAGAAAAGAAUGUUGCGAUCGGGUCGUUACUUUUGACAACAUCACCAGCGAUCAGUCAGUCAAAGAUCAACAAAUAGAAAAGCUCCUUGGUUUUGUUGACACUAUCGUCGCGAAGCACGGCCGUUACGAUCAAGGUAUGUUUGAGCGGAUGAGAGAACAUAGAGAGAAGUACAUACAAGAGAAGGACGAGCCCUUUUUGUCGGACGAAUCUUUGAAGGAAUUGGCCUCAUUAAAGUCGGAAGUUCGUGAGGUAGAUGAGACCAAAACAGAUUCUGCAAUGAAAGAACUUGAGUUGGCUAAAGAAAGAGCAGUAAGACUAAAGACGAAAAUAACUACAGAAGAUAAAAACACAGGAAAAUUAAAAAAUAGUUUGGAAGAAAACGAUUUAAUUAUUAAGUUGAUUCAGAAUAAACUAGACUCAAUACAAAAAAAUAUUGAAUUGGAAUUGGAAACUACUAAAGCGAAAAAAUCAUUUAAAAAAGAAAAAGAUGAAAGCAAAAAAAAAACUUCUGAACUUGUUGACAAAUUGCAAGAAUUACGAGAGAAAGAAAAAGAAUUAAACUUAGACAUUGAUAGAACUCAUAAAAACUCAGUUAAAGACAACAUACUCUUUGCGUUGCAAGUUGCAGCUGUCGUUUUAGAAACUGCAAGUUCUGUCACCUCAUUAGUUAAAGGUGGUGUAAAACUUCAUAAAUAUGUAAAUAAAAUUAAAUAAAAUUAUCAUUAUAGAUUAUUUUUCUUAAUGACAUGAGUAUAUUUUCUAAUAAAAAAAAAAAAACAUGUAACAUAAGAUAAUUUUUGAUUUUUUAAGACGAUUCCUCAUUUAUGAACCCGAUCACCUGUUGUAAGAUGAUAUCGCUCUUAAUAAUUAAGGAAUGCUAAAAAACCUGUCUUGCAGUGUCCAUAUUAUAUAUCCCUACCAGAUACCGCUCCCUAAAAUAUAGCCAAUUGUAUAAAUCUACUCAGAGUCAAGAAAACUCUACUUUAUUAUUACAAAGUUUGAUACAGUUAAAGAAAAAAAAAAGUUUCUUGACUUUGAAGUUUAAAUAAUGGAUCCUACUAUGGAUAUAAUAUUGAUAGAUUAUUUAUGAAUAUAAAAUUGACAAAAUUUGGUUAAAGAUAUAUUCAUUAUGGAUCUAGUUAGAUAUAUAGUAUGUAUAUAAUUCUAUAAUACAGGUGUUAACUGUUACGUCAAAAAAGAAGAUGAUUUUUAAAUACUGUUAUUUUGUCAAGAACAUUAAUUCUAAUGCUUAAAACCAUACACUUAUAUAUACACUACUAGACUGGAAACCGGAAAUAAAUUCUUAUCCGCGACUGGUCGAUCGUGUACAGUUUGUAGAAAGUUGGAUCAAGGCGUUGUUUUGUCAAGUAGUUAAAAGAAGAAAAGUUGUUGUUUUUUUCAACCCUAACCUAUGUAACAUAUUAAAAAAUUUUAGAUCUAGAUUUAGUAAUUAAUUAUCAAAAAUACACACACAAAAUGACAAUUUAGUGUUGCAUUCAGUCUUUUGAUAAAGAAGAUUAUGUAUCUAAAAAUUGCAAAAUAAUAAUUAUGAGACGAGAGUACUCUUAUUUUUUUAUGUCCAUUUUCACGACAUUUUUUGUAGUGUUAAAAAGUCUCCAUGUCCAGUCUAGAUAUAUUAUAUAUGUAAGUCUAUACUUAAAACAUGUAUUGUUUGAGCAGUCUCCCUUGAAUUUUAUGUUUUGAUAUGAUUCCAUGCAAUAUGGCGGCUGCCAGGAAUGCAAAUGUUAACUUUUAAAGCUCCCAUUGUUUAGUUGUUCACUCCAAGUGUUUGUUGAGUCUUUGAUCAUUCUAGCUAUUAACAAAUACCUUAAACUAUGUCAAGUCGUAUGUUUUCGUAUGUUUUCCUGGCUGAUUCAGGCAACCCUUUACAUGCUCUAAUAGCACUAGGGAAGAUGGAUCAUUUUGUACAUAUUUGUCCUAGCAUAAGGAACGAGGAAUGUGCCUUUAUCUUUGUGAUAAUUUUAUUAUAUUUUAUUUUUGUAUUAGAAUAUUGUGUUUCAAUGUUGUAUGUAUAAUUGCCACUUUACUUUUAAAUCUAUAAUGUGAAGGGUUUCUAAAUUUAAUGAUUUUACUCAAGAUGUUACAUUUAUUAAGGGUGACUAAUCAUUUGUUCUGAAUCUCACUGCUCUAUUUUCUGUCUGCUCCAGUUUUUGUAAUAUUUUCUUGAGUUAAGGGAUCUAGGAAAAAAUGUCGUCUAGAAUUGAUUCUAGCAGCACGGGUAAAUGAUUUCUACAUAAGACUGCACAAAAUAUUUCUGUUUCUUUGUUUAAAUCUUUCCAGAAAUGGUGCGGGAAUUCCUACUGACGUGCAAUCAACAUAGACCUAAAUCAAUUUUACAAUGAUUAUAUUUUGAAAAAUUAUAACAAUCAAACUAGAUCUUUGACUAUCUGGCCAAUUAGUAGGUUUUUUUUCCCCAAAGAUAUACAUAAACUGACAAAUUACAAGGAAAAUUGUUAAAGCCGUUAUCGAAAUCGGUGUACAAGUCUCAGAUUUUGAGAAUAAAAGAGCUUUCUAACAGUAAGAAAUUGUACUAAAUAUAUUUAGGUUUUGUACAACAAACGCAUGCAAAUUGUCUUCGACCUAUUUUAAUUAUUAAAACUGUCGAAAAAAUAUAGAGAUCGUUUACUUCCUGCUUUAGGUUACAGAAUAGGGACAUAAAUAUAUAUGUAAAUGUUUACAAUAUUUUGUUGUUUCCAGUAAAUUUUAAAUGUUACUUAUGUAAUGCCUAUUGUUAAGGAGUGUUUCCGUGGUUCUAUAAGAUAAAUAAAAUCUGAUGUAACCAAGAGUUGAGAUUUAUAAACAGGGGAAUAAAAGUGGAAGACAACGUAACAAUUAACAGAAAGUUGUAUAAUAAGUUGCUCUUUGUUUCAUUUGUUUGAAAGAUACUAAUUAUUGCUACAUACAUCUACGUUUAACGUUUAAGGUAAUAUGCAUCUGGCCUUUAUAAUUUAUGUUUGUUUUUUUUUGAAAGAUAAGCUUGGGGUUCGUGUUUUAUUUUAAGUUUGGCAUAAAUACAAAUACGUGCAUUGGUUGAGUUGGACCAGCUGUUAUUAUAUCCUAACGACCAUGUAUCAACAUUCAACAUUUCUUUACAACUGAGGAAAGUUAUUUAAUACUAGUGAAGCUUUGUUGUUUGUUUUCUUUUUGUGUAUCAUUGCAUUAACUUUUGAAUUUUUAAAGGUAUGGUUUAAAUUACUUUUAGAUAUGAAAAUGUAUUCAUUGUUUAUAUUGAUAUUUCUUUUUCUUAGCAUAUAUGCGUAUUUACUUAUAGACGCUUGUUAGUAUUAUAAUUUUGUUUUGCUUUCAGAAUAAAUAAGGUAUAGAAAUUA